AUGAUUCAACAUCCUGGAAUCAAGAAUGAAACAGCAAUUAUUUUGAAAGGACUUCAGGGAACAGGUAAAAACAGAUUUACAGACAUUAUUUCUGAACUUCUCGCCGGUUAUUCAUGUAAAAACAUUACCGAAAUAAGUGAGCUAACGGGUAAUUUCAAUUCAGUAGUUGAGAAUAAAAUGUUUCUUGUACUUAAUGAACUCAAGAAUGUAGGUGAAGAUAGACUCGCAAACUUCAACGCUUUGAAAUCAAUUAUUACGGAUAAUGAGAUUAGAAUUAAUGAAAAGAAUCAACCCAGAAGAACUGCUCAGAAUGUUGCUAAUUUCAUUUUCGUAACUAAUAACGUCUACCCUGUCAAAAUUGAAGUUGGAGACAGAAGAUACGUAGUUUUAAGAGUUAAUGGUAAAUUUAAGGGUCAAUUUGAUUACUUCAAGAAUUUAAUGGAUUCAUGCACUAAGGAAUUUUAUGAUAAUUUACUGACGUAUUUUAUGCAAUAUGACCUUUCAUCAUUUAAUGUACGAAUCAUACCGAUGACUGAAGCCAAACAAGAUUUAAUUGAAUUAUCAACAAAUCCUUUAGAUGAAUGGAUAAAUACACAUUAUGAUGAACUGUGUGCAGGUAUGACGUGUAAAAAUGCUCUAUGCUGCAAACCAUCAGACAUGAAAGACAAGAAUUUCCAAAUGAGCAUUAAGGAUAAAUGUGAUAGGAAACAGAGAAGAAUAGAUGGUAAACAAACAUGGUGUUAUGUUUUGAAAGAAGAAAUGAAAGGAUUAUAUAAACAGGUUGAACCAAACGAUAAUGAGGAUUCAUUUACUGACGAUGAAAUACCUGUAAAUGAGCCGCUAAGCGGCGAGACCUGA